AUGCCAGAUACUCAAUCCGCGUGGAAUGCUCCUCGAGAGCCGCAUAACGCCGAUAUGUCGUUAAAGUGCAUGCCCCUCGCGACUUCUGCCGAUCAACACCACAGAAUAUGUGUCCGAAUCGACCAAGAAUCUUCAGGUGAUCCCACAACAAAUUCCAUCACCAAACGCUUUACUACCGUCUCACUCCCCAUCUCUCAUCCCGUGUUUUCAACCAACGCUAUUGAUGUAUUAGCUCCAUUCAGCAGACCCAGCGGAGGCAUUCCCUUACGCACCUUCUCCCCAAGUGAUUCCAUCACCUUUGUUGCGCAUGCCUCUGAAGACAACCUGUCAGCCGAGCAAUUCGAAGUCAUCUGGCAGUUCAAGCUCUUUGCACAAGGCAUACACUGCACUGUUAUCAGUGAAGUGGCCAAGGUAAACAUUUUGACGCUCGAAGGGACUGAAGAAGCACCACGCAAAAUCGUUGGCGAGUAUACUGGAGAAGAGCACUACCUUGGCUGGAAAGAAGAGCAUCUCAAGAAAUUCACUGACGAAUACAUCUGCUUCAGUUUCCUACAAACCAGUGACUGCGUGAAAGACCAUGGUUCUGCGGAUUUUGUGAAUCUUCAGUUGCCCCGAUGGCUCUCAUCCGCAGAAUUGAGCGCCUUCUCUCAGCCUUCGGUCUCCGCACUUGACCGCAGUCUUGAAGAGACCAUCUCUGCCACAAGGAACGGAAAGACAAAGGCCAAGAAGACGUUCAAGUAUGGUAGGAGUUCUGCUAACAAGGGACGCAACGGGAAGGUCUCUCAAUUGACAGAUUCUCACAGUAGGUCAGUCAGCCACCGUCGUGACUGGGCAAGCAAGAACGGGAACUUGAAGCUGUCAUCAAAGAAAGCAGUUCGGCCAAACAACAUUUAUAGCAAGAGCGCCUGGUACCAUGGCAAGACAGGGGCGAGUCAUCGCAAAGAUCAAAACCGUCUCAUCCAAAAACGCUCAGUUUUGCCAUCCGCCAACGCUCAGCUGACCGAAAUCAACCCUUUUCCACAACCUGUCACAUCCCUUCGUGACGCAAAUGGUCUCAGCGCAGCCGUCUGCAAGACCACAAAGCCACAGGGUUGCAUAUCCGCCCAACCCCCAAAUAGAAAGCCCUUGAAUAGGAGUAGCCCACUUACACAAUCGAGUCGCGACUUCAUUGCCCAGAAAAUCGAGCAAAUGUUGUUGAUCCCAUCACAAAAAGAAGCAGUUCUUCAUGUCAUCCGUACGUUUUCUCCGAAAGCAUUCGAGGAACGUCGAAAUGGCAGAUUGAUUGACUAUCGCAACAUGUCUGAUGCUUUAUAUCGACAGUUAGGGCAUCUCGUUGAUGAGUUCUGCCGUGCUACCAUGGCCGCGACUGGUCCUCAACAACAAAGCAACUCUCUCGACAUUGCAGCUACCUCAGCACAGCAGAUACUCACUCCAGAGAUGGUCCAGUUCACGCGUACCAAUCUCCCGAAGUUGCCUCUAGAAAGACAAAAGGAGCUGGCGCAUAUCAUAAAGAAGACGGUGCCUAGCGUGGACGUCUUACCCACCUGGAUUAGCCAUGAACUGCGGCUGGAGGAGAUACCAAUUGAGAACCAGAUCAUGAUGUGGAAGUAUGUCAAGAUGCACCUACCAAAGGAGGAGGAGGAUGACGCAGCAACACACGUUGGCGAAGAAGACGAGAAGAUCGGCCGAGGCGGAGCUGGAGAGGCUGGCACGCGGCUAGGGACAAAUGUGGGAAGCAACUUCGUGAAUGAGGAUGACUUUGAGAUCGAUCUGGAUGUGGACGAGAAUGAUCUCGAUAUUGAUGUCGACUUGGACUACGACAUGGGGGUUGAGUGA